AUGUCAAUUCUUAAAACUAUACUUUCAUUAGGUUCAAAUAAUAAAAAUUUAAAUAAUAAUUUUAUAAUAAAUAAAAAUAUUAAUAAUCAAAAUAAUUUAUUUAACCAUAAUAAUAAUAAUACUCAAGGAUGGAAACCAAAUUAUUUUGUAGUUGGAACUGCUAAACAAAAUGCCCAUCUUUAA